CACACAUGUCGGGUCAUAUUCGCACAGUUGUCAAUCGCGUAUCAACUUUAUUACAUCUUGAAGCAUAUUGAAGUCGGUGUAUGCACUAUGGAAUCGAAAUAUUUUCAAAAUGUUGAGAAUAUUAAGUAUAAUCGAAAAUACGAUGGACGUAUUGAAUAUGGAACCGCUGGCUUUAGAACAAAGUCGGAUAUUUUGGAACAUGUUUUAUACAGGAUGGGACUCCUAGCAGUAUUAAGAUCAAAAGCGAAAAAAGCUGCCAUAGGUUUAAUGAUUACCGCAAGUCAUAACUUGGAGCCUGAUAAUGGUAUCAAGCUUGUCGAUCCAGCUGGUGAAAUGCUUGAAGCAUCCUGGGAAACUAUAGCAACAAAUGUAGCCAAUGUACAAGAUAACGAUUUGGUAUCAACGUUGAUACGUAUAUCGAAAGAUGAAAACAUUGACUUGUCAGCGCCAGCCACAGUGAUAACAGGAAGAGACACUCGUAAAAGCAGUCCUCUCUUGUUAAAUGCCACAUUAGCAGGAAUUAGAGCCUUAAAUGGCAUUGUUACAGAUUUAGGAUUAGUCACGACACCCCAGCUGCAUUAUGUUGUAGUGUGUACAAACACGAACGGUGCUUAUGGCAAUCCCACAUUGCAAGGAUAUUAUUCAAAACUCUCAGCGGUGUUCAAAAGUAUAAGAGGUACUGAGAAAAACAGUAAGAAGUAUACAAGUGUAUUACAACUGGACGCUGCGAAUGGUGUUGGGGCCAUUGCAGUGAAAGAAUUUCAGAGGCACUUGGGAGGUGCAUUGGAUAUCAAAUUAUUUAAUGGUGGUGGUGCAGAUUUGAAUCAUUUAUGUGGUGCAGAUUAUGUCAAAGUGCAUCAGACAUUGCCUUUAAAUGUUCCCUCUGUAAAAAACGUAAGAUGCGUUAGUAUAGAUGGGGAUGCCGAUAGAGUGGUAUAUUUUUACAUGGAUGAGAAUCUUAGAUUUCAUCUUUUGGAUGGAGAUCGAAUAGCAACACUAGUGGCCGCCUACUUCAAAGAACUAUUGAAGACAAGUGGCUUAUCCUUACAAUUAGGCUUGGUGCAAACCGCAUAUGCUAACGGCGGCUCGACUGAUUACAUUUUAAAUGUAUUGGAAGUUCCAGUGGUGUGCGUGCCGACCGGUGUGAAGCACUUACAUAAAAAGGCGCUGGAAUUCGAUAUUGGAAUCUAUUUCGAAGCGAAUGGACAUGGAACUAUUAUUUUCAAAGAUACUGCUAAAGAAGCUAUCAAGAAUCAUGCUGAGAACGAGUUACUUUCAGAGGCACAAAAGGUGGCUUCUACGAAGUUAAAGGACGUGAUUGAUAUGAUAAAUGAAACAGUCGGCGACGCGUUGAGUGAUAUGUUAUUAGUCGAAACUAUAUUACACGCCAAGGACUGGGACGUUGUCGAGUGGGAAAAAAGUUACGACGAUCUUCCGAAUAAGCAACUAAAAGUUAAAGUCAACGAUAGAAAUGUUAUAACGACGACGAAUGCGGAAAGACACUGUUUGACCCCCGUUGGAUUGCAAGAAGAGAUUGACAAAGUUGUCUCAAAAUAUCCAAGAGGUCGAUCUUUUGUCAGGCCUUCCGGAACUGAAGAUAUCGUGCGAAUUUAUGCAGAAUGUGAAAACUCGUCAGAUGUAGACUGCCUAGCUACGGAAGUAGCCUCACUUGUGUAUAAACUCGCAGGCGGUGUUGGACCUGAGCCCAGCUUAUAAGAUUGGAUCGCGCCUUUCUGACGAUUUCAACAUCAAGAUCAUAAAAUGGUUACGUAUGAGAAUAAUAGUCUGAAAUAUACUGUUCCGAAAAGAUACGUGUGUCAUAUUCGAGUUUUGAUAUAACAUGUUAUAUAUAAAUA